AUGCCGGACCCAGAAAUGACAGUGACACGCAAUGCCGGGAGGCCGUCUGUGUCCCGGGAGGGAGGAGGCCGACGUAACCCCAGUCGCGCAUCUCGCGUGCCUCGCGCGAGUACCUCAAAACGACGUUUCUACGACGAAUCGACUGAUUCAGAUCGAGAGAACGACCCCGAAUCAGCAGACCCACCAUCUGUUAUCGACACGCCCACCGUCGAGCAGCAUCCUCCUCCCCCGUCUCCUCGAGCCCGCACGAGCGGCCGCUCACAUCGACCGGCUCAUGCAUCGGACAACACGCGAAUUGCGAGGAGAACACCCGGCGCUGCCGCAUCAGGAGUCCAUCGAAACAGAGGAGUAGCUAGCAAGAGCCGGAAGAUGGCGCCUUCGGCAGCGGCAAAGAGGCGGAAACUGUCCACCGGCAAGGGUGAACCUGUACCCGCUUGCGUCGUCCCGGACUGGAGGGACCCUCGCGUUUCCUUCGAAUGCUGGGCCGAUAUCUUCUCCUACGCCUCCAGGAUGGGAGCCUCGGACGACGUCGCGACGAGCUGGCUCGUCCAUGCCGCCACCACCUGUCGUGCCUUCGCCGAGCCGGCCUUGACAGCUCUCUACUCUGCUCCAGUCAUCCGACAUUCCGCCAAGGCCAAACGCCUCGCCGCGCUCCUCGCUCGUCCAAUCUCGGACACUUUUGUCAACUACAGGUCCAAGAUUGAAACGCUGCAAGUUGAUAUUCAUAUUGUACCCGCAAGUGCCUUGUGGCAACUGAUCCAUCCGCUCGCCCGCUUGAAAGAGCUCAUCAUCUAUACGCCUCUGGACCAGGCACCUUACAGGCAGCUGGACAGGAAUCUGCGCUGGCACUAUUCUCCCGACAUCUUCAGCGCCCUGGGACCCGGCGAUUCGGUGCCGGAUGGGACGAAUCCGAAACCGUUCCCCGCCGUUCUCAAGAGUUGGGAAUGGAGCGGCAGGCUCAUCGGCGGCCACGUCACUCUUGAGAGCAUGACCGCCAUCCAUCAGUCGCCGUCCUUUGCCCAACUCACCAAAUUGAGCCUCACAAACUUCCAGGUCCCUUCCUUGACGAACCUGCAGCGGUCGGGCGGCGAGGAAGCAGAGCUUCAGGCCUACAUUCGGGAUGGCCGAGUGAUCGAUGCCGUUGCGAAGGCCAUAUCCCAGUUAACGAGUCUCAACCAUCUCGUCAUUGAAUCGUCAACCGUCAUGAAUGACCGCUUGCUACCCCUGCUUCCCAGUAACUUGAUCCACCUGGAGCUGAUUAACUGCUGGGAAAUCAAAUCCGCCGAUCUCGCCACCUUUCUCACCACUCACGGCAAUGGUCUAGGCACCCUGACUUUGCUGCACAACCAAUCGCUAGACUUGGCGUUCCUGACGAAUCUGUCACAGACAUGCCCCAACCUGCGAGAGUUGCACAUGAAUUUAUCAUAUUACCGCCAUCAUGACACCGUCAACGAUUCAGAUCCCAUGUACGACGAAGCGCUCGGCUCAGGCCAAAUUCCGAAGUGGCCAUCUAGUCUCUGCGUCAUCGACAUUGAGCACAUUCGCGACUGGUCAGUCGAGGCGGCGGAAAUGUUUUUCCAGUCUCUCAUCGACAGCGCCGUCAACUUGCCUAACCUCCGCCACCUCGGCAUCAAAACUAUGCUGGACAUCCCCUGGCAGGCCCGUGCAACCAUGAGGCAGGAAUGGCGAAGAAAACUAGAGAAGGUUUUCCUUCGCCCCACGACACUUCUCCCCCCGCCCACGGACACGAAGUACCCCCAUGAAAUGAAGCAAAGGGUGUCUGCGGUGCCGCACCCUCGGAGCGACAGAAACGCGGCGCACAAUCACGACAAUGAUCAUCUUAGCUCAGUGCCGAGCAAAGUGACAUCCCUCCGAAACUGUGCGGCCAGGCCCGUCUACCGAGAUCCGGAUACCGAUGUGGAUGAGGACGAGGAUGACGUGACCGCAUUCGAGUCCGGCAAUGAAAAUCCCAUUUCCGCCCAGGAGGAAGACAAGGAUGAGCUCCCAGUUCAAGGAAUGUGUCAUACUGUGAACAUAUUGGUCGACAACCAAAAAGUGGGAGAGAAACAGUACGGCAUGGAAGAUUUCCUUGACGAAGAUGAGGAAGAGUCCGAGGAUGAGUGGAACGGAGAUGUCGACGACGACGACGACGACGACGACGACUUUGUUGUCUUCUGA